AUGAUUGAAAAAAUACUUAGACCAAAAGGUAGACCUCGAGUAUUACCUGUUGCUCAAAGAAAAAAAGUAUCAAGAGCUUGUGAUGUUUGCAAAAGAAGAAAAAUGAAAUGUGACGGAAAGAGCCCUUGUCUUUAUUGUCAAAAUAAGCAGCUUAAAUGCGCCUAUUCAAAAUUAGAUGGAAGAUCCCUAAAGUCAAAAGCAUAUUUGGAAAAAGUACGUCAAGGUCAAGUACAACCGCCACAAGGUCAAGAUCAGAUUCAAAUAAGUCCACAGGAUGAGAUUGAAACUGAAAUUCCAUCAUUAACAAGUACACCAAGCACAACGGAAGCACUGUCUCAACAAAUUCCACCACCACCACCACAACAACAACAACCACAACCACAAAUUCAACGACUGCCAUCAAUAUCAUUAAGUAUUAUAUGUGAAAAUUUACAAGCAGCAUUAACUAAUGAAAAUCAUACAACAAAAAAUGAUAAAGAAGGAUUAUCUAAUCAAAAUGGUCAACAUACAAGAUUAUUAACUACCAAAACGGGGAAUUUAAGAUUUUUUGGAGAAAGUUCUGCAUUAUCUUUAUUAGGUGAAUGUAGAGCAUUAUUUAGAGAAAUUUCAGGUCCAAGUCAUUUUACAAAUGAUCCAGUACAACAAUUUAUUACUGAUGAAAGUGUUGAUUUUAGAAAUUUACCUGUACCUGUUCAAUUACCAACAAAACAAGAUGCAAUUAUAUUAAUUGAAUUAUUCAAGACUAAUAUAAAUGAUACUUUUUACAUUUUUAAUAUGAAUUACUUCAAUAAAAAGAUAUUUGAAGCGACUUAUAAUGAUCCAGUGAAUUGCAGUACUAGAAAAUUAUGUUUAUUAUAUGAAGUGUUUGCAAUUGGAAGAUUAUUUAGUGAAUUUUCACCACACCUAAAUUUAAAUUUACCAACAUCCGAAGUGUUUUUCAAUUCAGCUCAAGUAUUAUAUAGAAGCAAUGUAUUUGAUGGUAAAUUAUGGAUGAGUGAAGUUAAUUUUUUAGAAUAUUUUUAUUAUCAAUCUUGUUGUAAUAGAUCUAACGCAUGGAUUCAAUUAGGUAAUGCUAUAAGAAUUGCUCAAGCUUUAGGGUUACAUCGUCAAUGUAUCAACAGUAGAAUUGAAAAUGUUGAUAUUAAAACUCACAGAAGAAGAUUAUGGAGAAGUUUAUAUGUUUGUGAUUGUGUUAGUGGUGUUAAUUUAGGUAGACCAUUAAUGAUAAAUGAUUAUGAUUAUGAUGAUGCAGAUUGUAUUAUUGAUAUCAAAAAUUUAGGAGAAGUUGAAAAAAUUAGAAUCAUGGCCCAAAAGGCAACUUCUGAUAGUUCAUUAAUUAAUGUAAAAAUUGUUGAAAAUAUUUUCAAAGAUGGUAUUAUUAACAUUAAAAGAGCUCAUAUUUUAGCAUUACAACUAAAAAGAUGGUCAGUUGAAUUACCAAAAGAAUUACAAUUAAGUGCAGCAUUAGAGACUCAAAUGGAAUCAGGAACUGAUCCAAAUAAUUAUUUAUAUGUAUUUGUUCAUAUUGGACAAUUAUAUGGAAUUAUGACAUUAACAAGACCAUUUUUAGUUUAUGUUGUAACAAGAAAAUUAAAACCAGAAACUAAACAACAAAUUAAAGAUGAACAAAGUUUAAUGAAUUUUUGUAAAGCUUGUAUUAAAGCUAGUUUUUUAGUUGUUAAAUUAUUAAAAUUUUUUGUAACUCAUAAUCCUCAUAGAAAAGAAGUAUUUACAAUUCAAUCAGCUUGCUUUUUUGCAUCUAUAAUUUUGGGUUUCACAUUAUUAGAACAAAGAAAAUCUUUAAAACCAGAUUAUCAUUAUAUUUCAGUACUUCAAGAUGCUUUAGAUGAUGGUUAUAAUAUAUUAAAUAAUUAUGCUUAUUUUAAUAUAACUUGUAAAAGAUGGGCAACAAACUUACAAAAUAUGAUGAAUGACCUUAAAAAAUAUGAAACAGAUGUGAAUGAUUCAAAUUCAAUAGGAUCAGAUAUUGAACCAUUUAAUCAUGAAAUGAUAAGUUGGGGUAAUGAAAAUAAAGCUUUGGAAGAGAUGUUAAAUUUUCAACAAUUUUUUGUACCAAGUACAACUCCACAAGAAUUAGAUCAAAUAUUAAAUGGUAAUAGAAAUAACAAGAAUAUGAAUAUUAAUUUAAACAACAGUAAUAGCAAUGUUUUAGAUGCUUUUAGAUAUGAUAAUAUAAAUCACGUUUGUUUCGGAGAGAUGUAA